AUGUCGCUAGCACACAUUGAAAAGCCUGUGCAAUACCGAAACACAAUCUAACCGCAGCGAAAUGUGUUCCUACUGCGUCUGAAAGAUGCUGCUGGGAACGGUGGCGGGGAAAUAGCUGUCUGCAUACUACUUAUAUCAUCUGCUAUACCCAAGAGAGGCCCCGGUCUAGGUGUUCCUGCUGUGCCUUACCAAAUAGCAGACCAUGAUGGAGCAAAGAAGAGCCUUAACUAUUCCAUUUAAUGUUGACAAGGACAACUUGAUGGAAAACCCACUCAAAAUCUCCAUGCCAUGUCUUUCAUCAGAGUGUGGGCAGUUAGAAAGACAGCAGGUUUCCUGGACUGCAUUCGCAGGUUGUAGACGCCAACAUCGUGAUUCCCAGCAUAAAAAUGGAUCCAGGCUGUUUGAUCACAAGCAUGCAGCCUUGGUUAAAUUGGAAAUGACCAGGAGGAAGCCCUGUCUGAUCCUGACCAACGUCCUGGAGACUGAACUGGGAAAGGCUUAUAUGGAAAGAAUAAAACAUCAUGCUUUGGGGAAUCGAGGACAACUGUCAUUUACGCGGAGGGAGAGUGGUCGAUGCCGAGAGGAACCCAAAGUCUGCAGAGAAAUGAGGUCCACUCAGAGGGAGACCAGGAAUGACAAAAACAAGAGUGUAACCCCUAAAAGCAACCAGAAGACCAUUUCGUCUCCUGCUCAAAGGCCAAGACUCAGGAGAAGGUCACAAAAUGUUGGUGACACAGCAGACAUAGAAGAAAACAAAGAUAUCGAGGAGGUGAUAAUAGGAAAGGACAAGGGAGAUGACUACAAAUUUGCUGAAGUUGUAGAUUGUGGGUUGUCAGUGAGCUGGGAGCAUGCCAAGGAUACAGGAACCUGUAAUGAGUUCUCCCCAGCUAGCAUCAAGGAUGGGUGGACUGAUCCAGAUAAAGACGUACAACACAGUUUGAAGAGGAAAAUGAAGGACACAGGCUCUCAGUGCAAUGGGACAAGCAGCUCGAAACGCCACCGAGAGAGCGUGCUUCGCCUCACCAGAGAAGAUGGAAGAGAUGGAGGACCGCCGCCUGCACAAACUUCUCAAGAAGAAAGUGGAGAAGAUGGAGAUUUGGAAAGCUUGGACCGUACCAUUGUACAGUUCACGGUGGGAGCAGAAGAUCAAGCAGAAGUUCUGGUCCCAAUCAUCAAUCCUGACUUGGAGUCCGAAGAGUUUAUUGGUACCCCCAGACAAAGUCUGUCAUCGAGCCAGGACAACACAACUACAGCCAGCCCCUCUGAACCCAUUGUGCUGUCCAGUGAUGAUGAGGAUGGCGGUGACGUCCCUCGGCACAGCGGACCAGCGGUCCAAACGCUGGUCACCGUGGAAGACGCAGUAAUGCGGGGACAGUCCUCGCAGGAAGCUGUGGCCAAACAGCAAGAAGCAUCUGCCAUAGAGGACAUGGAGGUGUUGCAUUUAGUUGUAGAUGUUCCUGGUUCAGUGGACGCUUCCUCCAUCCCCAGUAUAGACUGCUCCUUCUUCAGUCUGCACUGUGGAGGUUACCACGGGAAAUCGAAUGGAAACGCUAUGAUAACACACCACGAAAUCAUCAUCCCACUGACAGACGCUGAUGAAGAGGUGGAGGUGAUAUUAACUGUGGAGCGUAAAGAACUGAGGAAGUACAGCGUGUGGGAGCGGCAGGAACUGGAGGACCGGGAGUUUUACUUUGAGCGCGACGAGGAACCCAACCCUGCUGGCGUCCUUCUGUUGUGUGUGUCGGAAACUGCUGCAUUUGUUGUACAGCAAGAGCUCCUCAAGCUGCGUGUCAAACACGAUGGAAUCACAAACACUGACAUGGCGAGCCCCUUUAUCCUGCUGACUCUGAGGAAUCCUGUGGAGGGAAUGGUGGGGGCUUUGAUACGCUCCCUCCUGGACAUUGACUGCCUCAACUGUCUGGCACAUGAGGAAUCCAUCGACUACGUCGACAGAUUUAGCUGCUUGAAAGACUUCCCGUCUCCCGUUCUUUCUCUGGAUGAUAGCAUAGAGCUGAUUAGAAGGACUGGAUUGGACUGUCACCUGCUGACUCUGCUCGGCCUUGAGAGCACUGACCCUGGGCUUUACUCUGAUGAAGAGGGUCCGUAUUCUGACACAGACAAAAGCACCACACCACACAUUAAGCUGGAGUCACAGAAAGAGACAGUGCUGGAGACGGAGACGGAACAAGACACAGAGACACAACUUGGACCAGAGGAGAGUCCGAAAGAGCAAGAGCCCCAAACGCCCCCUGAGAAAGAAAAGGAGGAGCCUGCGCCUGUAUACACACUGUGCCAUCGUAGAAGCAAAGGGUCCUACUCCACGUCGCUGUGUGUACCAGACUCCAGCUGGACUAAAUACAAACAUCAGGGCCAUGCUCGCAGGUUGAUCCAGUUUCCUCCUCCGCCACAGAAAGGAGGAAUAACUGUCACAAUGGAGGACCUGCAGUGCCUUGACACCGGGCACUUCCUCAAUGACGUAAUCAUUGAUUUUUACCUCAAAUAUCUCCUCCACAAAGCUUCUGAGACUGUGGCCGAGAGCUCACACAUCUUCAGCAGCUUCUUCUAUAAGCAGCUGACAAGGAGGGACAACGCCAGUGAAGGGGUCACCAAUGACUCCAAUCAGAGGCACAGGCGGCACCAGCGGGUGAAGAAUUGGACACGCCAUGUGGACAUCUUCAAAAAGGACUUCCUGUUUGUGCCCGUCAAUCAGGAGGCUCAUUGGUAUUUAGUUGUCAUUUGCUUCCCUGGACUGGAUGAGCCAAAAUCUGAGGCCUGGAGUGGUCAGAACUCGGGAAAGAGCCCGGAUGGGACCAGCAAGUUACAGGAUCAAGAGGUGGCUCAGGGUUCCAAAAGCCCAAAUGAUAACACAGAGACACUACCUUCAUUAAACCACACUGACAGCACGGAUGCAGAGACAGAAAAGGCCCCAGAAGAAUCCACCAAAGACCCACCACCUGGUCCAGUGAACUGCACAGAGCGAACCUGCUCGAAGAAAACUGUCAGCAAGAGACCAUGUAUUCUCAUCAUGGAUUCCCUUAAACGUUCUCCUCAUGAGCGAGUCUUCAAACUCUUACGGGAGUACUUGCAGUCGGAGUGGGAGGUACGGCGUGGUUCAUCGAGGGACUUCAGUCCUGAUCAGAUGCAGAGCUCACACUGCCAAGUUCCCCUUCAGGACAACAGCAGCGACUGCGGCCUCUACCUGCUGCAAUACGUUGAGAGUUUUCUGGAGGACCCUGUGGUGCACUUUGACCUCCCUCUACAGCUACAACGAUGGUUUCCUCGGCAGCAGGUGCGGAGGAAACGAGACGAAAUCAGAGAUCUGGUCCUCCACCUUUACCGACUUCAGAACCUGGAUGGUAACAGAUAAAGCAGCUCUGCUCUUCAGUGCAUCACAUUCCUGUAGCCAUUAUAAAUCACUGCUCAUACUGAGCGACGGACAUUUCAGCGUGAACUGAAAAUAUUUCCUUUGCAUUAGAUGCUGUUAUUGUUUUAUGCAUUGACUCAAGCAACACAUGUAAACCUCUGACUAUCUGUGGGUCCUGUGAGUGAACAUGAAGGCAUCAGUUAAUUUAAAAUAAGCAGGUAGCUGUCCAUCCAACCAGAAUGAGUUUUCACUGUAGAUUAUAUCCAGACAUGGAAAUGUUUGUACACCCCAUGACUUUUUACUGAUGGUAUUUAUGCUGCAAGAUAUUUUAUAAAGUCAGUUAUUUGUAUUUAUUUUUUAUGCAUCAUCAUAGGAAAUUGUGUAAAAGUAUAAUCAUGGCAAAAUCUAGUUUGUUUUAGUUGGGUUUACUUGGCUUUGCAGAUGAUUGUAGACAUUUCAGGUGUGACUUAAUAUUUCAGUCAUAGAAGCAGAAUAAUGUGAUCAUUUGAUUUCAGUCUGGGUCAUGGAUUUUCUGAAGCCUGAUUUAUAGUUGGAUGCUCGACAAUUUUGAGUCACUCAAUAGAAAUUAAACAGUCAAGUGUUGGUCAAUUUGUACUUUGGGAAAAGGUUUAAAGUCGUCUCCAUGGUAACCAGAGACCUCCAGUGUUUUGUUUUAAUGGUCUGAGUGUAUUUCUAUAGUGUUUAGUAAAGCAUAAUCUGGACAGACAGCUGUUUAAAUCAUACAAAUAUCCCACUGUUUGUGCAUUUUUAACCACAUCUGCAUGUAGCAGUCAGCUUCACAAAGACAAACACUCUUGAUUUCUUCCCGUGGAGCUGACAUGAAAAGUGUUUUGGUUCAGUAAAUAUCUACUGUCAGUCAGCCUGGUGAAGGCAGUUUGACCAGAUGCUGUGCUCUCAGCUCCAGAGACGCUGCUGCUGACGGACGGCUGCUUCUUACGCUGAAUGCAGGUUGGAGAUCGGUGUGGAUUAAAAACCACUGUCUCCGUGGCAAAGUUAGGAACAAAUCACAUUAUGCUUCAGGUGUGCGACAUGAAAGGAAAGUGUCGAGUGAUACUUUUCUCUGUCAGAAAUACGUCAUUUCUGUGGAGCAACUCGUCAAACAUGUCAAGCGCCUUCCUAUAAAUCAGGCUUAAAAGGUGAUUCUGAUCUACAUUUCUUUUUUUGAUUUCAUUUCAAAUUCCCAUGGGAACUAGAAUCCAAACAUCAACCCCUUUUGGAUACAAAGAAAAAAACGCACUUUUUCAGUGCCUCAGUGCCUCACUCAGUUAUCCUGUUGGCCUCCCAGAGAGAAAGAAAGACACCUUCUCUAAACAUUAUUAGAGACCUGCAUGUCAAAAGGUUUUUAGAUAACUUCAAAUAACCCAGCGCUUUGAAAGUCUUUUUGAUGUAAAGAAACAGAUUCCUACAGGCUGCUUCAGCAGUUCCACUGUUGCAUAUUUUGACGUGAUCAACGACAUGAUAGGGCACAUUACUCUGAGUGUAGUUGACUGAAUGUAAACCGGAAUUUUGGUGAAAAUAACAGUAUCAUUAGCCACGUUAUCUUUUUCUGAAUAAGGUCAAAAACUGGAAUAUUUUAUGCAUGUAUCUAAGUCGCUGAUGUUGCCUGCACAAACUGGCUGGAUUUGACUUAACUGGGAUGUCAGACUCAAAACAGGCUACUGAUUAUUAUUACUCUGGAUGAUAUAACAUAUUCUAAAUUAUAGUUCUUGUAGUCAUGUGGCACUGAACUUCUUUUUGGUCCCUCCAGAUUGACCAUGUAAACUAAUAGCUUCAGUAUUUAGAUUAAUAAAUAUUUUGGUACAUUUUGUGGGACAUGGUUCCUCAUCGCACAGUCCAAAUAAUUUAAGAGUUUGUGUUGUUUAAUAAAGUAUUUUAUUUUAGCAGCAGCAUCUCGGCUUGCUCACGUACAACAUCUAAGAAACUUGAAUCCUUAAUUCAUUAUUUUACCAAUAAUCCAACUUGCAGAAAGGUCAGGGGUGCACAGACAUUAGCAUGUGUUUAUAGACCGCUCUCAGAUGUAAAACCUACUUAACUGAGACCUCAGAGACGCUGCAGCCCAUCACUACCGUUGCCUAAAUUCUUCUCAGCAGAGAUCAGUGUUGAUAGUCUUGUAGUAUUUUCCCUGUUUGUUCAGAUGUUUAUACCUCUUUAACACUUUAUGAUGUUAUGUUUUUUUAGACAUUGUGUUGGAUGAAUGUACAGCAGCUGAUUCCAAAAUAUCUUUGGUUUCAAUGGUAUAUUAAAACUUGU